UCAGAAAAGAUGAUGUUCGAUCACAAGAUUAAAAAAUAAUGUAUCGGAAAUUGUCACAAAGGAUACAUUUUUCGUUGAGGUGGGGGGUGGGGUUGGGGGGAUUUUAAGAUUGGCGCCAUCUCUGAACGGUACCUCCUAUUUAUAAAAUGUCUUGGCCUCGUCGAUGCAGGACGAGAGUUGCAUAUCGUUUAAAAAAGAAAAAAUGAAACAGAAAAAAAGAAAGAAAGAGAGAGAGAGAGGAAUGACGUCAACUGCGGUAACCAGAGAGAGGCGUUUGCGAUGCAGGUCGACAAAUCGCAUGCGCUACUAGCGACCCUUAAACACCUUACUACGAUCGAUUAUUUCGUUUUCGAGCGCGCACGUCACGUUGCACACGACGCAAACGCCGCGCAAAACCAGCACCAGGUUCUCAUCGGAAAGCUCUGAUAGAAGAAACGCGCGCGCGCUGGUUGGACUCUUCCUUAAAAAGGGUGGAAGAAGGUUACCGACUAUCACGAACACGGAGAUUAUUGUGUCGGGCAAAAAGUAACGAGAAAUGAUUCAAGAUAGACGUUUAAGUUACAAAGUUAUCAUCAACACCAUCACCACCACCAUCAUCAGAUGAAUUUCAAUCGAAUUUAUUCGAAUGAUUUACGAAUACUAUAGUUUGAGAAAUUUUUAAUGGGAAAAGGAGAAGAGGAUAAUCAAGACUUCUGACAAAGUUGUUUUUUUUUUUUUCGGUUAAGAAGAAUAUAAAGAAGGAUAAGAAUAAACGUCAUUGGGUGUCCGCGCGCGCGUUAAAUUAAUUCAAUUGUUAUUUGAAAGUUACUAGAAUGUAAAGAUUGAUGACAGUUGCGAAUAAUAAAACGGAUGAGAGUUUAAUCGUUAGAUAUAUAGCAUGUAAACUCUCCGACUUUUAGAUCGGAUCUAAGGAUCAUUCGAAUAAUCAUCGAAGAAGUUGAGAAAAUAAAGCCGGCACGAUGCCGAAGCAAGUGCCGGUUGAGAACUUAGUGAUACCACCGCAAGACGGUAGGAUCUGCGGUACCAUCUGCAUAUGUCAGAUGACUGCAGUAUUGUCCUCGGUAGCGUUGGUUUAUUUAACAGUUGCCAUUUACAUGCCAAGUACUCGUGCAUUUAAAUCGGGUAUCAGCGAGGUACCAGCAAUGUGUACUACAAUUCGCGCCGUGAACGCAGACAAUUGCGAGUGGGGAAGUUGCGGCGAGUGGUGUCUGUCUAAAACGUCAGGUCCUUGCGUCCAAAUCCACGUUAAUUUACGUCGUAACGGUUCGACAAUACUAUUAGCCAAUUGUACGAACACCACGAACAAAACUUGUUACGGUAUAGAUCAGGAAAACGCGAAAAAAUCAAAGUGCAUAAUAGACGAGUGUCGUAAUUUAACCGGUACGUUUAAUUGUUCGGCGGGUACGUGCAUAAAUAUAACGGACGCGUUCGAGUGUAUGUUUCACGAUACCGAUCCACCAAUGAAGUGUUCCGGUAGACGUGGCAAAAUAACUUGCAUCGAUAUAGACGGCCUAUUCAAUUGUAAUCGUGGUACAUGCGAACGCAUCAGAACACCGUAUAAUUGCGACAGACGUUGCGUCGAUAUACCAACUAGAAAUAAAAAUAUGAUAUUGUUGAGCGGCGACAAAGUAUAUUUGAGCCAAUGCGAAAGAGCAAUAGACGUUGAAACCAAUCGUGAAAUUUGGCACGAGGAUCGUGGUGACGUCAUGAUGGCCUCGUGUUACGGUAUAUUUAAUUCAACGUUAGGAGUUGAAGCGGUAGAUUGUAUUAACGGAUCCGUAUUGGAAAAGGAUCUGCUUACAGAUUUAACCAACUUUACUUAUCUAUCAUAUUUGAAUAUAUUUGCUACUAAACCAUUGGACGAAUCAAGAAUGGUGGCACCACCCGAACAGGAUUUGAUAAUAGCCAAUGAGAGUAGGUUGCUGAUCAAUCUUGAAGGAUGCGUUAAUACACUUCGCGACGAGUGCAAGGAAUUCCUUCACGAAUAUGGGAAAGAUGGUUCCGAUCACAAUGCUAGAGCUAGAUUCCCGUGUUAUUAUGCCGAGGGUAACACCGGUAUCGUCGUUUCCCGUUUCGAUCUCGAAACUACUUACAAAGAAUUCAUGAUUGCAUUUAUACUACCGAGCAUAUUGUUCUUCGUUAGUUGUCUCACGCUGAUCUUUUGUCAGCGCACAGUGGUAGUAGGAGACGACGCGAGGAUGAGAUUCAAAGGUACACCUGGUGCACUAGCAUCGAUAGAAAAAAGCGCCUCGGGCAACGUAGGGGAUGCUGGCGGAGGAGAUUCCGUCAUGGCGCUCUGAGAUCCGUCACGCAUUCCCCUCCUGGAGGAGAGUCCGGCUCGUCAGUCGAUAUUCUCCCUGCGUGGGCACUAUUGAAGUGUGGGGAGGGGGGGAACGCGUGGUUCAAAUUCUCAUCUCGAAAAUACAUUUUAUGAAAGAAAAAGAAAAGAAAUAAGACAAAACAAAACAAAAAAAAAACAAGCAAAAAUUUACAAAAGAAAAUAAUAUAAAAUAUAUCAAAUCAAAUUAUAUAAAAUUAAAAUGAAAAUAAUAUAAAAUAAAAAAAAAAAAUAAAGGAGAAGGAGGAGAGGGAGCUUAGUUAGGCUUAAUCCAAAAAAUACGUUGUUCGUUAUAUUAUUACCGCACUGCCCGCAAGCACACAUUUUUAACGCAGACAUAAUUAAUCGUUUUAUUAAUUGUUAAUGCGUGCACGGUGGUGGUGGAGGUGGUGGUGUUGGUGCUUAUUUUAUAAAUCGUCUGUUUAAUGCGACGAGAGAAACGGAAAAAGAUAAUAAAAAGGAAUAAUUGAAAAAGAAAGUUGUGGAAAGUAAAGUUACUAAAAAAAAAAAAAAA